GUUUACUCUGGGCUCAGUCUCGGCGCUGGCCUUGGCUCCGUUGGAUCCAUAAGAGCUGCUGACCCAGCUCUACUCUUUCGCUCGUAACGCUGCAUGCUGAGCUCGGCGCCUCCUGCCACCGCGAGCCACGGGUCGCUAGCUGCGGGUCUCUGCACGGAGUGGAAGGGAGGCAGCUGUCGGUCGGACCCUGCGCUCAUGGUCCUUGUUUGCCUUUCUAAGAAGCCAGUUCACUCCACACGAUGGGAGCAUCCCGAUCCAAAUCAGUUGAUCUUCCUGGACUUCAUGGAUCUGAAGCUCUGGGGAAUGAAUUGUAUCAGGGAAAACAUCGCCGUAAGAGUAGUUUGAAAGAGGAGCCUGAGGCUGUAUUUGAAAAAGAAGUUUGUUUGGCUUCUGAGAUGCAAGAUAAUGAGAUGCGUGAAGUUGAAAUCAAAAACCAUAAGCUGCUACUUAUCAAAACAAAUGGAGAAUUUAGUGCCAUAGGACAUUUGUGCACUCAUUAUGGAAGUCAGCUGGUCAAUGGAGUUCUCUCACAUGGAAGGGUUCGUUGUCCAAGACAUGGUGCUUGUUUUAAUGUAAAAACAGGUGAUAUUGAAGAGUUCCCCUGCUUGGAUGGACUACAAAGCUAUAAGACUGAAGUCCAGGAUGGCAAGGUUAUUAUAUUCACAACUAGUUCGGCCUUGGAUGUAAACCGAAGAACCCAAAGCAUGGUCACUCGGUCACUAGUAAAUAGAAAUGUCACUCUUCUUCUUGGUGGAGGUCCAGCUUCAUUAAUCUGUGCAGAAACUCUUCGCCAGGAAGGUUACACAGGGCGUAUCAUUCUAGCAACCAAAGAAAUGCACUUGCCUUAUGAUCGUCCAAAACUCAGUAAGGCUUUAGACAUCAACAUUGAAAAUAUCUUGUUGCGAAAGCCAGAGUUCUACUCAACUUAUGGUAUCGAAGUGUUAACCAAUAAGGAGGCAACAUCAGUGAACACAAAAAAAAGGAAAGUCAGUUUCAAAGAUAGAACUACGCAGCAUUAUGACAACCUGUUGCUUGCAACAGGCAGCAUACCUAGAAUGCUUGGUUGUCUAGGAGCAGAUCUAGGAAACGUUUGUCUCUUGCGCAGUCUUGAUGAUGCGAACAGAAUCAAUGAACUCGCAACAGCAAAGAACGUUAUUAUCGUGGGAGCCUCAUUCAUUGGAAUGGAGGUGGCUGCCUGUUUGGUUGAGAAAGCCAGUUCUGUCUCAGUGGUUGGAAACUCUGAGGUCCCAUAUCAACAUGUACUGGGGACAGAAAUCGGAAAAACUAUAAUGAAGGCAUUUGAACUGGAAGAUGUGAAGUUUUAUAUGACUGAUCAUGUGAUUGAGCUAAGGGGAGAAAAUGGAUUGUUGAAAGAAGCUGUGUUAGCAAGUGGGAAGGUUCUUCCAGCAGAUGUCUGUGUAGUAGGAAUUGGAGUGACACCGGCGACCUAUUACCUUCAUGGAAGCCAAAUCAAGACAGAUCCAAAGGGAACAGUUAUUGUUGAUGAGUACAUGAAGACCAGUGCUGAUGGAGUAUUUGCAGCUGGAGACGUUACUUCGUUUCCACUACCACUGCACAAAAACCAGCAAGUUAAUAUUGGUCACUGGCAAUUAGCUCAUAAACAAGGUUACAUUGCUGCACUCAACAUGCAAAAGAGAAAGAUUGCCAUCAAUACUGUACCAUUCUUCUGGACAUUCUUCUUUGGGAAGAGCCUACGAUAUGCAGGUUACGGUGCAGGUUUUGAAGAAGUUAUAAUUCAAGGCAACAAGGAUGAACUGAAGUUUGUGGCAUUUUAUAUCAAAGAGGAUAAGGUGGUUGCAGUUGCCAGUUUGAACUAUGAUCCUGUGGUAGCCCAGGUGGCUGAAGUUCUGGCCUCCGGAAAGACCAUAUCAAAACAUGAAGCUCAGGAUGUGAAAAUGCCAUGGCUUCAGUACAUCUGAUUCAUGCAUCUUCAAGUGAACCUCUUUUAGAAUCCUGGCAUAAAGGAAGUUUUGUAACACUUGAUUGACUUUCCUGAUAUAUUUUAUUAAAUUUUUGUUUUGAAACAUUGUAUAUUUUUCUGGGGAAUGCAAGUAAAUACUACUAUGAUCUGACAUAGCAAGCAUUGUCCAUAGUUUAAUUGUUACUCUACUGAAUAAACUGAAAUUUAUAGAAUUACUGUAAGAAUGCAAUAGUAUUUUCAGUGAUAACUUGUUCUGAUUCUACAUUUAUUUCCGUAAUUGACACCUGGCAAAGAAUGACAACUGGGAAUUUGAAUAUAUAGAUAAUCCUCAGCUGUAAGCAACUAUUGAUAUAAUGAGUUUAUCAGAUAUGCCAAUGAACAGAGUAGGACUAGUGGGAAAGGUAUGAGCUUUGUUUUCAUGAGGGAGAAGAUGCACUUCAACAUGCAACUAAUGUCUGUCAUAAAAUGUGCAUUCUCAAGACUUGAAUUUUUUUUUAAAAAAGCAUAUGGAGACAUACUCCUGUGCUUUUCUCUCUCCAGCAUGUUAUUUUCAGUAUUUGUUAAUUUUAAAUUAAACUGAAAAGAAGUCGACAUAUCAACUUUUGUAAUGUAGAUAUAUCUUCAAUCCUACUGAAAGGUACAUAAACAUCAAAGUGAGGAUUUUACCACCCACACAGGUCCUGUUUUGCAUGUGUUGCUCCCAGCAGAGGCACAUGUUCAUAUUUCUUAUUUAGUGCCCAUUCAGCAUUUACUUUUCUCUACAGUUUACCAUCAGUAAUCCCUUUGUUUCCCUCUGUCUCUGUCUGUCUCUCUCGUUAUUAUCUUCAUUUAUUCAGGUCACCCCUUCACCACAUAGCAAUCUUCUGCCCUCAUCCUCUGCAUAAACGCCUCCAUUUUUCAAGUUCUGACAAAGGUUCACUGGACUCAAAAUAUUAACUCUGCUUCAUCUCUACUGAUGUUACAGAGCCUACCAAGUUUCUCCAGCAUUUUGUUGCAGAUUUCCACAAUCUGCAGUGCUUUAUAUUUAGGUAUUACUUUUGUUCCAAAAACAUUAGAGGCUUGAUUGCUGGAAUAAAACAAAAAAGAAAGGAUUCUGGAGCUCUUGCACAUGCAAAAAAUAGAAAUUGCUGAAGAAACUUACUGGUCUUGCAGUAUCUGUGAAGUUAGCACUUUGAGUUCAGUGAUUCCUUCAGCACAGAAUGUUAAAUCUAUUUUCUCUCCACCGAUACUCCUAGACCUGCUCAGUUUUUCCAGCAAUUUCUUUUUAUAUUUGAUUGCUGGAACUCGGAAAUAAAACCUGAGACUCAUGAAAUCUGCUUUGUCAGCAACUGAGUGUGUCAUGGGCAAUUGCUUUAGAUUUGCAGUCAUCACAAAUUCUGCAUUUUCUGUGUUUUAGUUUUUGUCUGUUUUGAAGCGGAUCCUUCUCUCUUUUCUGUGACGUUACUUUACAAAUCCAUUCAGUGACUUGUCAGUCUUUUGGCUGACCUUUAGCUACAUGUUGAGGCAAUAGUUCUAGUUUUCAUCAUGAAAAUUUAAAACAAUGCUAGAAUGCAUUUGUUGGAAGUAGCAUAUAAACCUGGUUGUAUAUUUUUUCGUUGAGAUAGAAACCUUUUUUCUGAGGUUAGAAUACUUGUUAUGUUGCUGCAACAUUUAUCUUUGGGCAUUCACAAUGAAAGAAAGCUGAGAAUCAGUUCAGAAUAGACGUCUACAAGAGAGUGACCUCCUGAAUUAACGUUAUUACUUUCUCUCUCUGGUAUUGUUGCACUGCUUGAGUGAUGCAGUUCACUUUUUGGAUGGCUUAAUCCAGUGGAUAUGAGAAAAUUUCAGCUCCUGUCAUUUUACUAAAACAAAAUUGUCAUAUAUAUUUUCCAAGCAAAAUAAAUAUUUUGAGCAUCUAAACAGUUGAUUUCCUAUUUAAUUAAAGUGGUAUUUUCACACCUAUUAAUAGCAAUUAUUUGUGAUUUCAGGUCAAUAAAACAUUACACUGGUUUAUGAUGUUAAAAUUAAAUUUCCUGUUCACUUUUAAACCAUUUGCUGUUUUACUUAAUGAUUUCAAUAAAGCCAAUCAUAAAUGAAAAAUGAAACUAUUGUAAAAUUCCAAAAAUAUUAUGCCCCCUGGUGUUAGUACUUUGCACUUAUUCCAAACAUUAAAUUGAGGAGCCAUUUUUCUUACAUUAAUAUCAUUUUGUUCUACAGUAAAUGGAGUCCAUUACCGUUGCAUUUUGCAUAAGUAAAGAUUUACUAUUGUCUUUAGAAUUUGAACAUCUAUUAUGAAUAUUUCCUGAAAAAACAAUAUAAUGCAUCUGAGGAAUGUCCAAGCUUUUAGUCUUUAUGGUCCAUCCCAUUGUGAAUUUGAGAGAUUUAACAGAUUACAAUUAAACUCAUUUGAAUGAAUCGUAGUUCUAAAUCUACAUAUGUUUUAAGUUUUGGAUAUAGCAGGAGUAGUUCAUGAAUGAAAUGACAAUGCAUAAAUCAGACCUUUCCAAUUCAGACAGCACAACCAGGAAAAUCUAUAUAAGAAACAAUGGAGUUAUCUGGAAUUUGCAGACUAAAUUGCAAAUGCCUGAUAUUUGCAAAUGCUAUUUGGACUUCUGUUAGCAUUCCUCAAACUUCAAAUUUUGUUGCCUCAAAUGUGGAUUUGUAGAUUUGGUCACAGAACAGAUGUUGUACGUAAUAAAAUAGCUUGUAUCUUUGUACAUUGUCAGUGCUAAAAGUAAAUAAAAUUGGACAAUAAAUUGGUUGCUCCUAUUCAAAACAGAUAAAGAAUUUUGUCCAUUAAACCAGAAGCUGAGAAUUUGGAAAAUACUGUUAAUUUGCCAGUAUGAGACAUGAAGUGGUCGCAGGCAACGCCCAGAGCCUCAUCUACGUUUCAGGCAGGUUGAUGUGAAAUGGCUCAAAGAGGUGUUCGCUGAACAGGAUCCUAGAAUGGUUACAGCAUAGAAGGCAGCCCUUUGCUUCAUCAUGUCUAAUAAUAGUCCUCUGUAGGAUUAACUCACCUAGUGCCACUCUGCACAGUAGUCUUUCACAUCCUUUUCCAAUACAGAUGAUGAUUUGAAUUCACUGUUGGAUACCCCCCUAUUGUUACUGCCUUCACCCUACUCUCAAUCAGUAUUUUCAAUAACAGUUGCAUCAUGAGAUUUGUUGAUUAUUUGGUCUCCAAAAUGUUGUAGACCAUCUCCUUUCUUUGUGUCUGUUUUCCCUCCCCCCCCCCCACUCCAACC